AUGACUUCCCGGCUCCUGGAGACCGGUAGUACACAGUUGAUCCGGAAUACAGCUGCCCAACAACUGGCAGAUGUUCAGAAGCAGCAUCCAGAUGAGCUGUUCAACCUCCUAGGCCGGAUUCUACCAUAUCUACGGUCAAAAUCCUGGGAUACCCGCACUGCUGCUGCUCGGGCGAUCGGCUUGAUUGUCGCGAAUGCGGACGUCUACGACCCGAACGAGGACGAUGGCUUACAGAUCAAAUCGGGCAUUGACAAUGAGGACGAUGUAGAAAUUAAGUCGGAGGUCAAGUCAGAGACUGCCAAUGUGGGGUCGAUCGACUGCUUGAACCUCGAGACCCUCGACAUUGCCUCGGUGUUAACGUUUGGUAAACGCCUGCUGGGCAGUGGCAGCAAGGAGUAUGAGUACUCCCUAGCAGCACUGGACCCAGCGUCACGUCUCGCACAGCAGAAAAAGACACUUGCUGCGCGUUUGGGCUUUGAAGGUGAAUGCUUGGACGAGGACCUCGAUAUCGGUGAAUCCAUCGUGUCCAAGCCAGUUACACCGGCCGCCAAGCAAGAGUCUACCUUUCGAGAAAACAGUCUCCAAGAUGCUGCAUCUCGCUGGCCUUCGUCACCCAGUGAACCCGUGAAAGGAGAGGAGUCCGGGCUCAGCAAGCGACAGUUGAACCAACUGAAGCGCAAGAAUAAACACAGCGCAAAGAUGGGGGCAAACAAGGUGCGCGUAGUAGACUUAUCUACACGCCGUACCUCCGAUACCGUCACCACUCCUAUUGCAGCGACGCCACAUCCUAUCAAAGCUGAGAAUGGCGAUGAACAGAAUGGAGAAACUAAAGCCGAUUACUUCUCCUUGGAUCGGUCCGGUGGGGAUGAUGAUUCGAAGAUCGUAUCCGAGUUCAAGGGAGAAGUUGCGCCCGAGAAACCCAUCAUUCAGCCAGCAUUUGUCGACCAGGGCGCAGGCUGGCCUCUGGAGUGCAUGUGUGAAUUUUUAUCAGUUGAUAUCUUCGAUCCGAAUUGGGAGGUUCGCCACGGGGCAGCAAUGGCUCUACGAGAGGUCAUUAGGGUGCAAGGCGCUGGAGCCGGUCGCUUGGAAGGCAAAAGUCGCCAUGAGAACGACGCUCUCAACCGUCGGUGGUUGGAUGAUCUGGCAUGCCGCUUGAUCUGUGUCCUUAUGUUGGAUCGCUUUGGUGAUUACAUUUCAGACAAUGUUGUGGCGCCAAUUCGCGAGACUGUGGGCCAGACCCUCGGAGCGCUUCUUUCCCACCUGUCUCCCAAGUCGGUGCAACUGGUCUACAAGUGCCUGUAUCGUAUCAUCAUGCAGAAAGACCUGGACCUAGAUCGCCCAGUGUGGGAGGUCUGUCACGGUGGUAUGAUUGGUCUGCGCUACUUGGUCGCAAUUCGCAAAGACGUUCUCCUCAAGUAUCCGACAUUGAUGGAUGGUGUUCUGGAGGCCGUCAUGAAAGGCUUAGCGGACUUUGACGACGACGUGCGAGCUGUUAGCGCUGCUACCCUGGUCCCUCUCGCCGAGGAAUUUGUCACCUCUCGGACUGGCACACUCGGGACACUCAUGAACAUUGUUUGGGAGUGCUUGUCCAACCUUCAAGAUGACCUCAGCGCUAGUACAGGGUCCGUCAUGGAUCUUCUAGCCAAGCUCUGUACUUUCCCGGAGGUACUAGAAGCGAUGAAGACCAAUGCAGCUGAAGAUUCGGGAGCGUCAUUUGGAAAUCUCGUCCCGCGCUUGUACCCGUUCCUGCGCCACACCAUCACAAGUGUGCGAUCCGCCGUCCUGCGGGCUCUCAUGACUUUCCUGAAGCUCGAAGGAGAAGGCAGUACGGAUUGGGUCGAUGGCAAGGCGCUCCGGUUGGUCUUCCAAAAUCUUCUUGUGGAGCGCAACGAGGGUGUUCUCAGGUUCUCUUUGCAAGUGUGGUCAGAGCUUCUCAAGGUUAUCAACGCUCGGGGCUUGUUCAACCAAGCGAGCGAGCUGUCGGGAUCAGUUGAGCCGCUCGUGGCUUUGACUCUGGGACCAUUCGGCGUGCCUCGAUACCCCAUUCCUAUCAAUGCAUGUCUAUUCAUUAAGCCCUCUGGCAUGCCGUUAUCAAUCGCGGCUCCUCUUCCAACGAAGGCUUCAUCGCCAGGGAGCGCAACACCAGGUGGUGGUGAAGCCAAGCCAGGCCGCAGGCGGAAGUCGGAGAAGAAAGAAGCUCCUCCACCUUCGGCACACAACGUCGACGGGCAUAUGUUGUCGGGUGACAUUGAUCUCGUCGGCGCCGACACCAUGCUCAGAUCCAAGAUUUACGCCGCCAGAGCUCUUGGUGAGCUGCUCUCGUUCUGGGAUAGACAUCAAUUGCCAUCCUUCUGGAAAACCAUACUUAAUGGCUUCAAUCACCAAGCUUCAACGACACAACUCGCAAGCGCUAUGGUUAUUGAAGAAUAUGCACGAUUUUCCGGAGCUCAAAGCAAAUACACCGAGGCCUUGUGUGAGUGUCUUCGUCCAAUCGUCGAAGGUGACCGCCCGCCCUGGUAUUCUGACAUCGCUUGCUAUCUUCAUGUCGCUCGCGCACAAUGCCACUCCUUGCUCAAUGCCUUCAGGGAUCACGCCCACGUAUCUCCUUCUCGAUUGCCGACGCUGGCAGUUGUUGUUCAAGGCGAUCCUGAAGCUGGGCCGAAUGCAUUCUCUCUGGCUGACGCCGAAAAGAUCAUUGGGCCGGACUUUGACCGACUGAAGAAGAAUCUUACACCGGCUCAACGCAUCACAGCCGUUGUGGUGCUGAACGAUACUCGUAGGACGGCACAAACUGCGGUUGAAGAGGCGCGGGCUAUGAGAGAACAAAGGGACAUGCGUGUGUUGGCAGCAGCGGCAGGUGCUUUGGUUGCCCUUCGUGAUAUCCCGAAGAAGCCUGGCCAUAUCAUCAAAAGCAUGAUGGACAGCGUGAAAACCGAGGAGAAUUUCGAGCUUCAACAACGCUCCGCGAGAGCAGUUGCAAGUUUGAUCGAGCACUACACCGCCGCGACCAAGCGCGGCCCUGUUGACAAAAUCAUUGGGAACCUGGUCAAGUACUGCUGCGUGGAUACCUCGGAAACACCAGAGUUCCUUCACAACGCUCAACUCGAAACAUCGAUCUUGUCUCUUCGAAAGGAAGAAGAUCGUCGUGAUCACCCGGACGCUGCGAAGUUCGAGCGGGAAGCAAGGGAAGCUCGAAUUAUGCGACGAGGUGCCAAGGAUGCUCUUGAGCAGCUGACUGUCAAAUUUGGUGCACAGCUCAUGGAGAAGAUUCCCAAUCUAGCAUCCCUGGUUCAGCGUCCUUUGAAAGAUGCGUUAGAGGGCGAGCUUCCAGAGUCUAUCGUCGACACCGGAAAUGAACUCGGCCAAGAGGUUGUGGACGGACUGUCGACGCUUCGCGCCCUCCUACCGAAGUUUGAUACUGGUCUCUACCCAUGGGUGAUAGGCUUGAUGCCGCUCAUUGCCAAAGCUUUGCAGUGCCGCCUUUCUGUCAUUCGUUAUGCUGCUGCCAAAUGUUUUGCGACAAUUUGCAGUGUCAUCACUGUCGAAGGAAUGACAAUGUUGGUUGAGAAGGUUCUUCCAACAAUCAACAAUGCCCUGGAUGUGCACCAUCGCCAAGGUGCCAUUGAAUGCAUCUACCAUCUCAUCCAUGUGAUGGAGGAUGGUAUUCUGCCCUAUGUGAUAUUCCUCGUUGUCCCCGUCCUCGGUCGCAUGAGUGACUCGGACAACGACACACGCUUGCUGGCAACAACCUCCUUUGCAACGUUGGUCAAGCUGGUUCCUCUGGAGGCAGGUAUCCCUGACCCUCCUGGAUUGUCCGAGGAACUGCUGAAAGGUCGCGACCGUGAACGUAAAUUUAUGUCUCAGAUGCUGGACGCGAAAAAGGUCGAGCCGUUCCAGAUCCCUGUCGCCAUCAAAGCGGAGCUUCGAUCGUAUCAACAAGAUGGUGUCAAUUGGCUCGCUUUCCUCAACCGCUACAAUCUUCACGGUAUUCUUUGUGAUGACAUGGGUCUGGGCAAAACUCUCCAGACCAUUUGUAUCGUUGCGAGUGACCACCACAUGCGGGCCGAAGAGUAUGCCAAAAGCCAAUCCUUAGACUCUCGCAAACUUCCCAGCUUGAUUGUUUGCCCACCCUCGCUGUCCGGUCAUUGGCAGCAGGAAGUGAGGCAAUAUGCUCCGUUCUUGAAGUGUAUCGCCUACGUCGGACCUCCAACGGAGCGCGCUAGAAUUCAGCCCUCGCUAGCACAGGCAGACGUUGUGGUAACAUCCUAUGACGUGUGUCGCAACGACAACGAGUUGCUUGGGGCCAUCAGCUGGAACUAUUGUGUCCUUGACGAGGGUCAUCUGAUCAAGAACCCAAAGGCCAAGAUUACCGUCUCCGUGAAAAAGCUGAUGAGCAACCACCGCCUGAUUCUCUCUGGCACACCAAUUCAAAACAACGUGCUUGAGCUCUGGUCGCUGUUCGACUUUUUGAUGCCCGGAUUCCUGGGCACAGAGAAGGUCUUUUUGGAUAGAUUUGCCAAGCCUAUCGCAGCCAGUCGUUUCAGCAAGUCUUCUUCCAAGGAACAGGAAGCUGGUGCUCUCGCAAUCGAGGCCUUGCACAAGCAGGUUCUACCAUUCCUUCUCCGUCGUCUGAAGGAAGAAGUACUCAAUGAUUUGCCUCCAAAGAUUAUUCAGAAUUACUACUGUGACCCGAGUGAGCUGCAAAAGAAGCUCUUCGAGGACUUCUCCAAGAAAGAGCAGAAGGAGAUUCAAGAGAAGGUUGGCAGUACUGAUCGUUCUGACAAGGAGCACAUCUUCCAGGCUCUUCAGUACAUGCGUCGACUUUGCAAUUCACCCGCUUUGGUGGUUAAGGAGGGCCACAAACAGUACAACGAAGUGCAGUCUUACCUAUCCAACAAGCGCUCAAGCAUUCGAGAUGUGGCGCAUGCACCGAAACUCUCCGCUUUGCGUGACCUGCUAGUUGACUGCGGCAUUGGUCUUGAUCAUUCUGCCGAGGGAGAGUUGGACACUGGCGCAAGCUACGUUAGCCCACACCGUGCUUUGAUCUUCUGCCAGAUGAAGGAGAUGCUUGACAUUGUUCAAAACGAUGUUCUGAAGAAGUUGCUCCCCUCGGUCCAGUACCUUCGUCUCGAUGGAGGCGUUGAAGCCACGAAGCGUCAAGACAUAGUCAAUCGCUUCAAUACAGAUCCCAGUUACGAUGUCCUACUUCUGACUACCAGUGUCGGUGGUCUGGGACUCAACCUCACUGGAGCUGAUACUGUCAUCUUCGUUGAGCAUGAUUGGAACCCCCAGAAGGAUAUUCAGGCCAUGGAUCGCGCUCAUCGUAUCGGCCAGAAGAAGGUUGUCAAUGUCUAUCGAUUGAUCACCCGUGGUACACUGGAGGAGAAGAUCUUGAAUCUCCAACGUUUCAAGAUUGACGUCGCCUCCACAGUGGUAAAUCAACAAAACGCCGGCCUUGGCACAAUGGACACGGAUCAACUCCUGGAUCUAUUCAGUCUUGGCGAAACCGCCGAAACCGCCGAGAAACCAAGUGAACCCUCCGGUAAUGAAGUCGACAUGGUCGAUAUCGACGGCGAAGUCAAAGAAAAGGGCAAGAAGGGUUGGCUCGACGAUCUUGGAGAACUCUGGGAUGAUCGCCAGUACCAAGAAGAGUACAAUCUGGAUUCCUUCCUGGCUACGAUGAAAAAUUGA